UGCAUUGCCUGCUUCGCUUCGACCUGCACAGGCAAUUCCAGGCGCCCGACAUGUCGCCCACGUCCUCCCGCCAUCCCAGUGCUGGUGGGUGGGAAAGGGAAGGAUUAGGGAUGGGGCUGUUCGCCACCAGAGGCCCCGACGGAUUCUCUCUGGAGCGCAUGGACGAAUCAGAGGCCGACAGCUGGAUGCGGGAUCAACAAGGGGGCCCGGGGCGGUCAGCAGCAGUGGAUCUGAUGGCGAUUGCCACAGAUGAAGAGGAGGACGACGACGAGGAGGAGGAGGGUGGCCGGGGAAAAGGAGGCAUGGCGGGUGCAGCGGGAGUGGGAGGAGAAGGGAACAAGACUCUCCUAGACAUGGUAAAAGCGUCCUCCUACGUGCUGCCUUGUCCUCCUUCCUUCCCUUCCUGCUCUUCCACCUUUCCCCCAUCACGAUCCCUCCCCCCUUCUCUCCCCUCCCCCUGCUUCCUCCCCACCACCUCCUCCCCAUCCUCUCUUCCCGUGCCUCCUUCCCCUCCCCGCUUCCCCCUCUUCCUCUUCCCUUCCCCAGCACCCCUUCAGCACGGGUCCUGCCAGCAGCGACGGCGGGGACACACGGGUUCUGCCAGCAGCGACGGUGGGGACAGCGGAUUCGUGCAGACUCUCCUAGACAUGGGCGAGGCUUCGUCAUACGUGCAGCGCUCGCCUGCCCCAGAAGCAGCCUUUCAGCAGAUGGACCCAGCCGCCCUUGGGGGGGGAAUGGAGAAUCUGGUGGAGCGAUUGCGAGAGUCGGAGAGUCUGAGGAUGGUGCUGGAAAGAGAGGUGGAGAGAGUGAGGGAGGAGGUGGGGAGGCUGGGGAGGGAGUUGGGGGAGGUGAGGGGGAGGGAGGAGGAGGAGAGGAGGGAGGCAGAGGGGAGGGAGGAGAGGUGGAGGGAGGAGAGGAGGGAGAUGGUGGAGAAGAUACAGGCAGCUGAAGGCGCUCUGAGGGAGGCUAAUGCUGCAAGGGCGGAGCAGGAGGAGCGGGCUGCGAGGGCAGAGCAGGAGGAGCGGGUGAGGGUGCUGGAGGUGAAGCUGAGAGCAGCAGAGGAGGACGGGCAUGUGCUCAAGAGUGCGAUGCAGGAGAUGAGUGCGGGCACGCACGGGGAGCAGCAGACGCUCAGUGUCUUACAGGGGCAGGUCAACGCCCUGCAGACCCAGCUGGUGCGGGAGAGGGAACGAGCAGCGGAGGAGGCGGAGGAGUUGACACAGGAGAUGGCGGAGCUGCGCUUUCAGCUCAUGGAGCAGGUGGACGCCGAGAGGGGGCUGCGCGCCGAGACAGAGGCAGCGUCUUUGCGGCGAGUGCAGGAGCUGGAAGCGAUGGCUCUAGCGGCCAACGAUGCGAAGCUCCAGGCAAUGGCUGCUAAGGCGGAUGCAGAGAGAAAGAUAGAAGCCAAGGAAUUGGCUCUUAUGCAGAGAAUCGAAGCAGCUGAUAAGAGGGAUAAGAAGGUGGGGGAGAUGGAGAAGGAGAUGGAGGAGAGGAGGAAGGAGGUGGAGGAGAAGGGAAGGGAGGCGGAGGAGGAGAGGAGGAGGGCGGAGAAGGAAAGGACUGAGAGUGAGGAGAGAGUGAGGGAAUCAGAGGGGAGAGUGAGGGAGGCGGAGGAGAGAGUGAGAGAGGCGGAAGGGAGAGUGAGGGAGGCUGAAGGGAGUGUGCGAGAAGCGGAAGGGCGUAGGGAGGAAGCAGAGAAGCAAGCUGCGAGGAUGGAAGAGCAAGUGAGGGAGUGGGAGGAGAGGGUGAAAGGGCUGGAAAAGGAGAAGAAGGAAGCGGAAAGUGCUUUGGAUGAUGCAGAGGAUAGGGCAGCGGAUAUAGAAGGGCAGUUUCUGGUCAUGCAGAGCAGAGUGAGGGAUUUGGAAGGGAAGCUGAGACAGCAGAGUGUUGAGUCGGAAGCUGUUUGUAAGGAGCUUAGGGAGGAGGUGAAGAGGAGGGAAGAGGAGGUGAAGAGACGGGAAGAGGAAGGGGAGGGGGUGAGGAAGGGACGGGAUGAGGCGAGGAGGAGAGUGGGGGAGUUGGAGAGGGGUGUGGAGGAGGGGAGGAGGAAGGCGGAGGAGUGGGAGAGGAGAGUGAGGGAGAAGGAGGGGAGGAUUCAGGAGUUGGAGUCGGAGGUUAUGAGGGGUAGGAGGCGGUUGGAAGAGAUGGAGAUGGAAACUAAGGGAGCGAGGGAGGUGGGAGAGAGCGUGAAGAGGAGGUGGGAGGAGAGGGAGGUGGAGGUUCAGAGGAAGGAGAGAGAGAGGGAGGAGGAGGCGAGGAGAGUGAGGGAGUUGGAAGAGAGAGUGAGAGAGAGGGGGGAGAGAGUGAGGGAGUUGGAGGAGAGAGUGAGGGAACUGGAGGAGAGAGUGAGGGAGGGAGAAGAGAGAGUGCGGGAUGUGGAAGGGAAGUUGAGAGUGGAGGAAGAGAGAGUGAGGGAGAUUCAGAAAGAAGGGGGUGCGUGGAAGGAGAGAGAGAGGGAGAUGGAGGUCAAGAUAAGAGAAGCAGAGGAGAAGGCAGGAGCAGCAGAAGCAAAGGCGGUCAAAGCAGAAGAGAAGGUAGGGGAGAGUAAAAAGGCAAUGGAAGAAAUGGAAAAGGAGGUGAAGAGGGUGCGAGAUCUAGAGGACGAAGCAAGGAAGUGGGUAGAGGAGGUAGAGGGAGAGUGCAAGAGACGCACAGAGGAAGUGGAAGAAGAGAUGAAGAGGAGAGUGGAAGAGCUGGAGAUGAAGCUGAAGGAGAGGGGGAGUGUGGCAGGGAGUGCGGAGGAGAAGAGCAAGAGGGUUGCUGAGCUAGAAAAGGAGAUAGAAGAGGCGGAGAAACUGGUUAAGGAUUUGGAAGAGGCUGUAGAUGAAGGGAAGUUGAAGGUAAAGGCGUUGGAGGGGCAAGUGGAGGAGAGAGAGAGAGUGAUCAAGGAGUUGGAGAGAGGGGUGGAGGAUGGGAUGAGGAAGAUCGUUCGGCAGGUGGAGGAGAGGGAGAGGAUGAUGGAAGAAAUUAAGAAGAAAUUGGAGGAGAGGGAUAGGGUGAUUGGGGAUUUGGAGCGGGCGGUUGGGGAGAAGGAGAGGGAGCUGGAUUUGCAGAGGAACCAGAAGCUUCCGGAGUUGGUGGCGGAGUGGAAGGAGAGAGUGAGGGAGGCGGAGGAGAGGGUUGAGGGGGAAAAGAGCCGAGCCAAAGCUGCCGAGGCUGAGGCGAAGGCUCGGUGGGAGGAGGAACGGCGGUCGUGGAAGAGGAGGGUGGAGGAGGCGGAGACGCACUUGCUGGAGGCUCGGGAGGAGGUGAGGGUUGCGCAGCAGGAGGUUCGGGAGAAGGUUGGGGAGCUGGAGGAAGUUGCCAGGAAGCUGGCGGAGGAGGUUCGGCAAAAAGUGGAGAGGGAAAAGAAGGUCAUUGUAUUGGAAGGGAGGGUUGAUGAAAAAGAUAAAAAGAUGGAGGAGUUGGUAAGAGAGAUGGAGGAGAGGAGGAAGGAAAUGGAGGGGAAGUAUUUAAGUAAGGUUGACGAGUUACGAGCACUGGAGGAGAAACGGAAGGAGGUAGAGGGGGGGCUUAAAACGAGGAUAGGAAGUUUGGAGGAGGAGGUUGGGAAGAUGAGGAGGAGAGUGGAGGAGGAGGAGGGGAGGGUGGCGGAAUUGGAGGAGAGGAGAAGGGGGCUUGAGAGGAGAGAGGAGGAGUUGGGGGAGAGAGUGAGGGAGCUGGAAGGGGAGGUUGAGGAGGUGAGGAGAGGGAGGGAUGCUACGCAGAAGCAGCUUCAGGAGAUGGAGGAGAGGGAGAAGGCGAGUGAGAAGAGGGUGUGUGGGCUGAUUGAGAAACUAGAGGCGAAGGAAGGGGUGCUGGUGGGUUUGAGGGAGUCUGUGGAGGAGAAGAGGAGGGAGAUUGAGGAGAGGAGGAGGGAAGUGGAGGGAGUGCGGGAUGAGGUGAGGAGAGUGAGGGUGGAGCGGGAGGAGGAGGAGAAGGGGAGGGUGAAGGCGGAGGGGGAGCGAGAGGAAGUGAGGAGGAAGCUUCAGGGAGUGGAGAGGGAUCUUGAAGCAAGCAGAGCCAAGGUUCGUGACUUAGCAGCGGAAAAAGACCGGCUGGAGAGGGAGGGGGAGGACGUGCGGCGCAGCCUGCAUGAUGCUGUGGCUGCCAGUGCGAAGCUGGCUGCUGCACUGGAUAAGACGGAGGGGAAGCUAGUGGCACUGGAAGAGAAGAGCGCAGAGGAGAAGAAGCAGAUGGAGGCAUCACACAAGGAGCAGGUGGAGAAGCUUCAACAGCAACUGCAGACCACCCAGCAGUCGCUGGAGAGUGCUACUAGGCGCCACCAGGAAGCAGCAGGGGAGUUGAGAGGAGCGUUGAAGGAGCUGGACCGGCUAGAAGGGCUGCUGGGGAGCACGCAGGGGCAGCUGGAGGAGAGUCAGGGGCAGCUGCGGAAGGCUGAGGGGCAGCUGGAAGAGGUCAACGGGCAGCUCGGGCAGACGAAGGGGCAAUUGGAAGAGACGCGGGAACGGCUGGCGGAGACUGAGGGGAGACUGGGGGAGAGGGAGGAGGAGUUGAGGAGGAGUGGAGAGCGGUUGGAGGAGGUUGAAGGGCAGCUGGCAAGCACAGGGGAAGAGCUGAAGUCCACCAAUGAGAGCUUGACAGCUGUCAGGGGGGAGAAGCAGCAGCUGGAGGGCCGGCUGGCAGAGACAGAGCGGCAGAGGGAGGAACUUGCCGGGAAGCUUUGCGCGGUGGAGGCUGACCUGGCGGAGCGGCGCGCUGAGCUGGCGCUGGCGAAUCAGGAGCUGUCGGUGCGCGCGGGGCAGAUUGCUGAGCUGUCGUCACAGCUUAACCUGGCUACUGUUGCUCUGAAGGAGGAGGAUAAGAAGAUCAGCCUCCCUUCCCUUGUGUCCCCUCACCCACCACCACCACAGGAAGCGAGGGAUCGCAUUCGCAUGCUGGAUGUGGUGCUGACGAUGGAGGAGGAGGAUAAGAAGAGCAGCCUCCCUUGGAGCUGCCUCGAGCCCCUCCUCUCUCUCCCAUUCUCCCCUUGCUGCUGCCUCCGUCCCUUGUGCCCCCCGCCGCUCACAACCACAGGAGGCGAGGGACCGCAUUCGCAUGCUGGAGGUGGUGCUGACGGUGAAGGAGGAGGAGCUGAAGAAGCUGGAGGAGCAGAGCAGCGAGGCGAGCGAGCAGGCCAAGCGGAUGAUUGCUGGCAGGGACAACCAGGUGGGUUGAUUGUGGGUGAUGAUCCCUCCCUACUGCUGCUCUUCUUCAUGACAAGCACUGGCAAGCAAGCAGGCCAAGAGGAUGAUCGCUGGCAGGGACAACCAGGUGGGGCGGCUGUGGCCGUAUUUCUCAGCUCGUGUCAUCCUUACAAGCGGUCUUUCUUCCUCUGCCUUAAUGAUCAUGGUUACCUGCCCGUGUUUCUGCACCCCAUCUCCUCGUCUUUUCAGAUUUCUCAACUCGUAUCAUCCCUACAAGCAGGGAAUGCCAAUUUGGAGGAGGCUAUGAGGAGGCUUGAAGGACUGGAGGGAGAGAAGCAGCUGCUAGAAGUGGCACUUCUGGAAGCACAGGGGCAGGCGGAGACGAUGGAGAGAGAGAGGGACGACGCGCGUGCUGAUGCGGCCAAGAGACGGGCUGGCUGGGCCAUGCCCACCCCGGGCUCUAAUAACCUCAAGCCGUCGGCCAUCAAGGCGAGGCAGAAGCAUUCGAUGAAGGGGUGGUGUGGAUGGGUGCUGCAGACUCUGUUCCUUCCCACCCCCAGUGCUAAUAACAUCAAGCCGUCCGCUACCACGGCAGGGCAGAAGCAGUGA